CCUCGCCUUCCCGCUCCAUAGUUUCCUUGCAAACAAUUAACUAACCCGGGGGGUGGCAUCACUCAUCUUUGUUUACCUUUGAUUUUUUUGGUGUGAUUCUCAACACAUCAACUUCCUCAGUCGUUCUCUCAUCUACCAAACCACCCCCAUAUCCCCAAAGCUCCAACAUCAAAUGUCUAUCCCCACCGACCCCUGCCCAAGAACCAGGAGUAACGCAACCAACGAUCCUACUACCUCCGUCUAAACUCCGCCGGCCGCCAGCCAGCCCGCUCCUUCAUUUCCCCCCACCACCACCACCACACUUCUUCCCCACCCCACCGGAAACAGACAGCUACCAUGCCCCCGUCCCCCGCGCCUCAAAAGCGCAUCAUCCUCGAGAAAUCCCGCACGGUACGCCGCCGCUACCAGCGCAGCAACAAGCGGUUCCAGUUCACGGCGUCGCAGAUCGCGCGCAUCGAGCGCGAGCAGGCGCGCGAGCGCCGGGCGCAGCAGCUGCGCGACCGCGACCGCCAGCGCGUCGCCAACAAGAGGAAGAAGGCCGAGAAGGAGGCGCGCGACCGCCAGGAGCGCCGGCGGCUCGGGUCGAUGGGCCUGCCGGACCCAAACGCGCCGGUCGUGCCUUCGAGUCAGCCUUCGUUGUUAAGGUUUAUACGGAAGCCGGCGGCUGUGCUGGCGCUAGGGGAUUCUUUGGAUGGUGUGGGUGUGGGUGUGGGUGGUGAGGGUGGUGAGGGUGGUGAUGGUUUGAAGGAGGAUACUGAGUGUACGGAGUUUGAGGAGGUUGAUCUUGAGGGGUGGGAGAGUGGGUCUGUUUCGGGUGCGGAGGAGGUUGAGGCUCAUGGUGAAUUGGGGGAGGAGGAGGAGGAGGAGGAGGGUUGUGGAUCUGGUGUGCAGGUCGAGAAGCGUGAGGAUGCUGCGCGCGCUGCUGCUGGUGCUGCGGCGGAUCAUACUACCGAUACUGAUGAUGAGUUCGGCUGGGAGGAGGACCUGGCGGAGGUGGAUGAGUUCUCGGAUUGCUCCAUCUUUGAUGACGAGGAGAUCAUCCAGCAGAGUGAGGUCGUUGCGGCCGAUGCGUCGGACACGAAUGCGAUAGACACCAAGGGUGCAUGCGCCGAUGCGAUAGACGCGAUUGCGCGGAACACGGAUGCGUUAGACACGAAUGCGAUAGACGUCGUUGCGAUAGACACUAAACGCGCGGACGCUGUGGACACACCCCCGGCCGAGCCUCCGACGGUGCAAGGCGCGAUACCUGCCUCGUCGGCGGGCGAUUCAUUUCAGGACGACACAGCCAUUCUGUUGGAGCAAUUGGGCCAUGAGUUCGACACCGACGAGGAGUUCGAACAGGCCUUGGUUGCAUUGGACGCUGUGUGAGGAAGUAUAACUGACUGACGGACUAAUGCAAUGCAAUCAUCUCGGCUUCCGAACCGACGGCGAUCCGCGCACGUCGGAUGGCGGCCCUGGGCGGGAGCCCCUCGUCGGGUCGGGCGGUGAUAAGCUGAGCGGCUGGCGUCCCCCGCCCGCCAUCCUCAUCUCCAAAUCAUCCGACGGAUUCUUUUGCCUGGUAAACAGUACGGAUUACUCGGAGACACAUGGAAUGGUUGGGGCGAUACACUGGAUCUACGGCUACAGCGG